AUGUAUGCAGUCCUGCAAGUGUCUAAUCUGACCAGACUGCAGAGCAGCAGGCGACUGCUAACAAGGGAGACUGAGUGCCAACAGCGAACAGAGAGCCAAACCGAUGAGGACAGUGACACAGGGGAGAUCCUGUGUGGAAUACAGGAGAGCUGUGCCACGGACCUGUAUCACCACCCCCAGCUGGAGACGGACAUCGAGGCCGUCAGGACUCUGUAUUCUGACUCUGGUGUCUCUGUCAGGGUGUAUCGACCAAUCGAUGCUGUGGACGUUGAUUUAAACAUUAACUCCAUCUUUCUGGAUGAGGAGGUGGCCAACGCCUGGAGGAUUGACCCGUUGGAGCCCAUUGUUAUCCGUCUGCACUUCUCUCUGUCUCAGUACCUGGAUGGACCCGCACCUUCAGUUGAAGUCUUCCAGCCUUCCAACAUGGAUCACUUCAGGCUCGGGAACCAACUGCAGAAUAUUCUCGCAGUUUUCAUAUCUCGGGUGAGGGACCACCUGACCAACGAGAAGAUCGUGGUCCAGCAGAAGCGCAGACACAGCUGGUUCAGGCCGAGUGGAACCAUCAAGAAAUUCAGAGCGCGACUCACCAUCUGGUUACCACUUUCAAAGUCAAAUGAGCUCCAGCCUCCAUCUAUGAAAGGAAGACUUUUUUUACCAGGCAGGAAACUGAGCCGAUUCACAAAUCACACAAGCUACUACACCAUCAAGAAUCCCAGGGGAGAGCUCUUCACCUACACACCCAGUGGGAAGAGGGUGUUGGUGUCAGCAGUGAAAUCAUCAGCACAGCUCAGCACCAAACAUCUGAUAGAGCUGCUCUUCUCCUCCAAGGCCAUCAGACACUGCAAGACCACCCCCACUCUGCAGCAUGGCUUUUUAGUGCAGAUAAUGAGGUACGCUGAGCAGAGAAUGCCGACGCUGAAUGAAUUCUGUGUGGUGUGUGAUGAGCGACAUGUGUUUCAGAACGGCCCCAUGUUAAAGCCUGCAGUUUGCACCAGGGAGCUGUGUGUGUUUUCCUUCUACACACUGGGGGUCAUGUCUGGAGCUACGGAGGAGGUUGCUACCGGUGCAGAGGUGAUUGACCUGCUGGUCGCUAUGUGUAGAGCGGCUCUUCAGUCUUCACGCAAGAGCAUCAUAUUUGAGCCAUACCCGUCUGUCGUUGAUCCAUACAAUCCCAAAACCCUGGCCUUUACUCCUAAGAGAAAGAGCUACGACCAUCUGCAAAAAUCUCUGGACAGUGUCUUAUUAGUCAGGAGGAUGGCACAGGGUCCACAUUCUGAAAUUAGGAAGCAGAUGGACAAGUUAGAUCCUCUCGCUUAUCCCCUGCUACAAUGGAUUUUAGCGAGCAACAGGUCCCACAUUGUCAAGCUUCCACUGCACAAGCAACUGAAGUUCAUGCACACGCCCCAUCAGUUCCUGUUGAUCAGCAACCCUCCGUCCAAAGAGGCUCGAUUCAAAACCGCUAGAAAGCUUUAUGGCAGCACCUUCGCUUUCCAUGGUUCCCACAUUGAAAACUGGCACUCUAUUCUAAGAAACGGGCUGGUUAAUGCCUCAUACACCAAACUACAGCUUCAUGGAGCUGCAUAUGGGAAAGGCAUCUAUUUGAGUCCAAUCUCAAGCAUAUCUUUUGGAUAUUCAGAGAUGGGGAAAGGUCGACACCAAAUAACUGCCAGAGAAGAUCUCCUAAAGAAAUACAAUCGAAUGAACAAAAUCAAACAGGAAGAGCCGGGGCAAGCAAGGUUUCUGCAGAGCAGCAACCUGAACUGCAUUGCACUCUGUGAAGUCAUCACUUCAAAAGACCUUCAAAAGCAUGGGAACAUUUGGGUCUGUCCGAAAUCUGACAACGUGUGCACACGCUUCCUCUUUGUGUAUGAAAAUGGUCAGGUGGGAGAUGUCCACAUCAACGCUCAGGAACCCGCGAUCCACAGGGAAAUUUUACAAGUAAUUGCUUCAAAGCCGUGCUGAGAAGACAAACAUUUGCCAUAUAGCAACAAUUAUUCAUGCCGUAGGUUUCAUAUAAAAACAUGGACCAAGAGUAAAUCUAAACAUUAACCCUAAUAGGCCCUGAGCACUGACAUGCACAGACAGACAGUGAGGCCCUGUUGAAAUUGUAAGGAUUAUUGUUAUUAUCUUGCAGGCGAAUGAAUUGGCUUUUUUUCUAGGGCUUUAACAUGCUCAAAUUCUUAUAAAAAUUUGCAGAAAAUUAGAAAGUGGUGAAAAUGUACGUAUUCAGGAGGAAUUUUCAAGGGGCGUGGCAAAACGGCUCAACGGUGCCCCCCAAGACCCCGUUCACAUGUGUAUCAUGACCAGACAAACAAAAAAGUCAGAGGUGCAAUUGGAAAAACAUAACAGGAAGCCUGCUAUUUUUCAUUUAGUCGCCAUUUUCGCCAUAUUCCACAUUUUUACUUUGAGUUACUUGUCCCAGGGCUUACUUCAGUGAUGCACAAUUACCACCAAACUUCUGCCUCAUGAUCAGAGUCCCAGCCUGAAUAGCUUUAUGUGUCAAUAUUUCCUCAGGGUCAGAGCGCCUCCUACUGAUCAGUGUGAAAAUGGAGUUGUUGUAAUUAUUAUUCAUUUUUUUCAGGCAAAAGGCAUAAAACGCUUCAAAAAUGCAUGUGCUCGGACCAGCUCAGUGCUGCUUUGCAGUCUAAUACAUUUUUGAAUUAAAUUUUAUAGUUGGUACUUUCCAAGGUUAAGCAAUCCUGGUUUAAUAUUGAUUUCAUAUAGGUAAUAUCUAAGAGCUACAACAGUAGUCAAUAAUUUGGUUGACAGAACAUUUCUGAUUGAACAACUGAUCGAAAAAGUGCCAAAAAAUGUAAAGGUACCAGUUUCAAAAAUGUUAAACUAUGAUUAACUGAAUAUCUCUGGAUUGUGGAUGGUUGAUCCAAUAGAACAAGACAUUUGAAGGAGAAAUGAUUGCUCAUCAUUGACAACAAAGUAGUUCACAUGUGGGGAGACAGAUACACUAAUGAUUCUAUAAUUUUAUCAUGCAAAUGAAUAGGCUUUUUGAGGGCUUUAACGUGCCAAAAAUUUGCAGAAAAUUUGAAAGUGGUGAAAAUUGACUUUUCAUUUAUUUAUUUUUUCAUUUACCUCCUUCACAAAAGCUGAUUUUUUUUUUAUAUAUACUAUUAUAUUGUGGGAUUUUAGAUACUGGAUGAUUUAACAUCCAGUAUUAACCUCGUCUUAAGUUUAGCUUUAAC